AUGCUUGAUUUCAUGGACUAUAUCCAACUCGCGUUCGCGGAGGGGACGCAAUGGAAUCGCGACAACUCAUACUCUGCGCUGACAGCGACAACACAGAAUCUCCUGGACUUUACAACGCCUGAGCGCGUACGGGUACAUCUAUCUUCUCUUUCGACACCCAACUUCGCGACCAGCUAUACCCUCGGCACCGUCGGGCUAAUUGAAGGCUCCGUCUCAUAUCUUUACAGUAAUAUAUCAUUUGAUAAUACACCAAGCAAAAGCGCUCUGAUUCCCCUUCGCACGCUCGCCCCAGGCUAUCGACAAGUACAAGCGCCAAUUGCUCCCCCGGUGGACUCCUGGAACUGGGACUCGAUACUAGAUGGGACAAAGAGUGGGAGCAAUGGCCAUGGACAGACUUUAAACGGGCAGAAGGCGACAUUGCUUCAUGCAACGUUGCACCUGCCACCGCCAACAACGCUGAAUGCGCUCUUCCUGCGACGCAUCUCCCCGACUAUGCAGCUCUCACUCGCGGUCUCUUCAACGCGGGGCCCUCCAUUAUCAAAAUCGGCGCCGCAAGCUACGCUCCUAACUCAACUUUCCCACGAUACUGGAAAGUACAGCAAUGAGUAUCUGUUCAGCACAGAUAAUUCGCUCUUCGGUUGGCGCGGACUAUGGAAUUUUGGCGCCGAUCCCCGAUUUAACAACGGCGCGCAACGGUUAUCGCUUCUAUCUGCCGGCGCAGAGGCGUACUACUCCCCAGUCUCCUCGCUAAUCGGCAUGUCGACGGGCCUAAGAUUCAGCACAUUACCAGCGGCCACUUCGUCAACACCUAACCUCAACACCCCCAUAUCUACCUUCCCAUAUACCCUAACGCUCACACUCACUCCGCUGACGGGGUCCCUCUCAACAUCCUACUCUCUACGCGCCUCCCCGAACCUCUCCUUCAGCUCCCGAUUUGGCUUCAACGUCUACAGCUGGGAAAGCGAGAUGGUAGCGGGAUUCGAGCUCUGGCGGCAGUCGAAAAAGACUACUCUGGUAGACGACGACGGACUCGAAUGGGCUCGCCGCAAGGCCCGCAUAUGGGAUACCCCAGUCUCUCCCCCGAUGCCGGAAAUCCCACCCCCCAGAGAAGAAGACGAAACACAGGAAUCAGUGCUUAAACUCCGCGUUGACCAGUCUUGGAACGUGCGCCUCCUCUGGGAAGGUCGGGUCAAGGAGCUUCUGGUGAGUGCUGGUGUUGGGCUGGGUCCGAGCUCGUUCUCCCCGGCUAUGGGUGGGGUGCAGGGCAGUGGUGGCUCUCCGGCGUCGUACUGGAGGGGUGUUGGUGUUUCGGUGUCAUAUUCAUCGUGA